UCUUCGUUGACCACCGAAUGGAUUGUAUCGUGACAUUUCAUUCCACUGAUCGAUAUCAGUCAUCGGCUGCAUCUCAAACAAGUCCAACCUUCUAAGCCACAUAGGAAUAAUCCGCUGUAUGUGGAAUUGAUCUUCCAGGCUUUCUUUCUGGUCCUGGGGACGGAAUAAUUGCGCUCAUCAGGAAGCUACAGAUGCUAGUUCUCAGUGAGAUGGAGGAGGAGGAGCAGUAGGAAGUAGCGAUCUUAUGCUCGUACCCAUGGCUGUUGCCUGCUGUGUCAAGCUUCCCGGUCUCCGAUGUGCUCUGCUUCUCUCUGUUCUCUCAGUGCUGUGUUUCCUGUCUCAUGCAAGCGACACCAUCGUGCCAGACCAGCCGUUGCGCGACGGCGAGUCAUUGAUCUCGGCCGGCGGGAUCUUCGAGCUGGGAUUCUUUAGCCCCGGGAAGUCCUCCAACCGCUACGUGGGAAUUUGGUACCACAACUUCUCCACGAACACAGUCUUGUGGGUCGCCAACAGGCAAAACCCGGUGAAGGACACCACCGGCGUUCUGGCCAUCGCCGCGGACGGGAAUCUUGUUAUUCUGGACGACGGCAACAGCAGCCUGUGGUCGUCGAACGCCUCGACGGCGUCCAGUGACUCCGUGCUACGGCUCACGGACGACGGGAAUCUGGUGCUCAACAACUCGGGGAGCGUCGCGUGGCAGAGCUUCGACUACCCGACCGACACGUACAUGCCGGGCAUGAAGGUGGGGCUCGACCUGAGGACGAAGGUGAGCCAGAAGCUCACGUCGUGGGCGAGCGAGGACGACCCCGCCCCGGGCAAUUUCUCCCUGAGCAUGGAUCCCAGGGAGUCGACGCAGAUCUUCAUGUGGGAAGGGACGAAGCCGCGGUGGCGGUCGGGGAGGUGGAACGGGCAGGUGUUCAUCGGCAUACAGGGCAUGGUGGCGCAGUACAUCUACGGCUUCAAGCUCAACAAUUUCGUGCAAGAACAGAAGAUGUACUUCUACUACGACGCCUUCAACAGCUCGCACCGGUACGUGCUAACCUGGUAUGGCAUCGAGAGGCACAUGAUCUGGAAGAACGACACUAACGACUGGUAUCAGUACUGGGCACAGCCGAUCACCCCUUGCGAGGUCUACAACCAGUGCGGCAAGAACGCAGCAUGCACCGACAGCGCCUCGCCGAUAUGUAGCUGCUUGCAUGGGUUCGUGCCGGCGUCGAGCGAGGAGUGGGACGGUGGCAAUUGGUCGAGUGGGUGCGUGAGGAGGACAGCUUUGGGUUGCAGGAUGAAUAACAGCAGUGGAGAUGGGGGAGGUGAUGGAUUCCAGACUUUGCAAGGGGUGAAGCUGCCAGAUAUAUCAGAUUGGAACACCGACGUGGGAGCGGAUUCGAGUGAGUGCCAAGAUCGGUGCUUGAGGAAUUGCUCAUGUACAGCAUACGCGGUGGUGACAGGGAUCGGGUGUUUGAUUUGGGGUGUGGAUUUGUUGGACAUUCAGGUGUUCUCGAUUGGCGGCAACGACUUGUUUCUUCGGCUCGCCAGCUCUGAAUUGGAUGACAACAAGAAGAACACGGCAGUCCUCAUAGUUACAGUUGUUCUAGCAGUGAUCCUCUCACUGGGUUUAAUCUUUCUAUUGUGGAAGUGCAGGAGGAGAAUAAGAAAUCUAUUUCGACGGCCAAUUAACGAAGAAGGACUAUCAAUGUUUUCUUCCGGAGGUGGAAGUAGAGAUCGUUCGGGGUCAGUUCGAGUUAAUUAUGAAAGUAACGAUGAAAGUUUGUCGGAAUUACAACUGUGGAGUUUUGAUUUUGUACAAAGUGCUACCAAAUCAUUUUCGGACUCAAAUUUGGUCGGUGAAGGUGGCUUCGGUCCUGUUUACAAGGGUUUGCUGCCUGAAGGCCAAGAAAUUGCAGUGAAGAGACUUUCUAGGAGUUCAGGACAGGGAAUUGAGGAAUUUAAGAAUGAGGUGGUGCUGAUAUCAAAGCUACAACACAGAAAUCUUGUUAGGCUUUUAGGAUGUUGCAUUCAUGAACAGGAGAGGAUAUUGAUCUAUGAGUACAUGCCCAACAAAAGCUUGGAUGCCUUCCUUUAUGAUCAGACAAAGAAAAACCUGCUCGACUGGACUACUCGGUGCAACAUUAUCGAAGGGAUUGCUAGGGGGCUACUGUACCUUCACAGGGAUUCGAGGCUUCGAAUAAUUCAUCGUGACCUCAAGGCUAGCAAUAUUUUGCUCGACGAAGAGAUGAAUCCUAAAAUAUCAGACUUUGGCAUGGCAAGGAUUUUUGGAAAUGAUGACAACGAGACGAACACGCAGCGAGUGGUUGGGACAUUUGGUUAUAUGGCUCCUGAGUAUGCAAUGCAAGGACUUUUCUCAGUGAAGUCUGAUGUCUACAGCUUUGGAGUUCUAUUACUCGAAAUUCUUAGCGGAAAAAGGAACAGCACAUACCAUCAUCCAGAGCUGGGAAUCAAUCUCAUAGCAUUAGCUUGGAAGCUAUGGAAUGAAGACAGGGUGAUGGAGUUUGUCGAUCCAGUCUUGGCCCAGCCGUGUACCAGUAAACAGCUAGUCCGAUGCAUCAAUGUCGGGCUUUUAUGCGUGCAGGAUCGCCCAAUCGAUCGACCAAGUAUGGCUUCAGUUGUUGUGAUGUUGGAGAGUGAGACUUCCGUUCCUGCUCUUCCUAGGCAGCCUACUUUCACGACGGAUAGAACCUUCAGUGAAACUGACUCAUCAACGAUAGAUCUAAAGGCCAUGUCAGUAAAUGAUUCGAUCACUAUGCUCACAGGAAGAUAGUCAUCUGAUGCUUGUGAUUAGGAUCAGUUCAAAACAUCAGUUUGGUGCCCUUUUUUUUUCCACUUGUCUUAUACUGGAAGAAAAUUUGUGGUCUUUCAUGUUCUAUAUAUAUAUCGAAAGUAUAAAAUUUCUUGGAAUGCUAUAGGUUAAGAAUUGAGUA